AUGGUUGAACCAACUGUACCACGUUUGUGGCGUGCUAUUCUUCCUAUUUGUUUAAUUUGUUUUCUAUAUUUAUGUUCAUUGUUUCUAUUUUUUUGUGCAACAAAUUCUUUGAUCUAUUCUACUGUUUGUCUUCUUCGAGCUAAUGAGUCAUUCUGUGCUGAAAUUGAUCAAAAUCAAUCACUGAAAGCAUUAGAAGAAUCUAUUCAAAAAGAAAGUUCACAAUGGGCAUUAUAUGGAACACUUUCAUUUGCAAUUAUUGCUUGCAUCAUUUCACCUGUUUAUGGGAGUUUAUCUGAUACAAAAAAUCGAAAAUUACCUAUUAUAUUAACGAUAUGUAAUGCUAUACUAACAGGCUUAAUAAUAACAAUCGCAAGUGUUUAUCAAGGAACAAAAUUAUGUUUAAUACUAUAUAUAGUAGCUAAUAUCAUAAAUGGUUUUGGUGGUGGAGCCUUAAUUCUUAUUUCUUCAUGUUUUGGCUAUGCUACUGAUUCAUGUACGCACAAAGAACAACAUAUUCAAAUUAUCGCUAUCAUUGAAGCAUCUUUAAACAUAGGUGUUGUAAUUGGUUAUGUACUUUGCACAUUUGUUUUUGAAUUACAUACUCGAAUAUGGCUUAUUUUACUUGUUCAUGUGCUUUUGUUGGCUCUAGCACUUUUUAUAAGUCUAGUAUUUCUUCAAAAUCGAUCAUCAUCUCAAGCAUCAACAAGUAGUUUACGUCAAAAAAUUGUACGACCAAUCUAUGAUACUCAUGAUCUUAUUGUUGGAUUAAAACAAAACCAUUUACUUGUAUCAUUUCUCAUACUUUUAUGCUCACUUUUCUUCUAUGAUCUAUUUCGAAUGGGUUCAGGAUCGAUUAUCUAUUUAUAUUUGCAUUACAUGACAUUCGAUGAUACACAUUAUGCAGCAUAUUUUUCACUGGAACAAUUAGCGACUUGUUUAGCAUUGAUCUUCUUAGCAGUGUUAAGACGGCGUUGGAAGAUUAAUGAUCUUUAUAUAGCUAUUAUUGGUUUAUGUUUAUCGCUUGUUGGGCCGAUGUUAUUUGCUUUUGCUCGAAACAAUAAAGCGAUGAUUUUCGGAGCUAUUCCAUCGUCAAUGUUCAGUAUUUAUUUUUCAGUUUGUUUAAGAGCAAUCAUUGCUCGUUUAGUUCCUGAAAAUGAUAAAGGCAAAGCAUUUAGUUUUGUUGCUUUAAUGCAAAAUCUUGAUAUUGUAAUUGGUACCAUUGCGUGUGUGGAAAUUUAUCAAGCAUCGAUUGAUUUUUUUCCUGGUCUUAUCUUUAUUUUUGCUGUUACUACAAAAAUAAUGGCAUUGAUUCUCAUUUUAAUACAAGUACUAUGUAUCAGUCGAACACCGGAGUUAUUAUCAAUAGUGUUGAUCGAUGAAACAGAAGAACCAAUUUUAGAAAUCCAAGGUGAUGACGGUGAUGAUAAUAAUAAUGAUAAUGAUGAUGAUGAAAUAAUUCGUCCAUAA